AUGGUUUCCGCCGACGCAGCUCGUAACAUCGUCGGCGUCAUCGGCAAUGUCAUCUCCUUCGGGCUCUUCCUCUCCCACGCGCCGAUGUUCCGGCGGAUCUGCAAGGCCAAGGACGUGGAGGAGUACAAGCCGGACCCCUACCUGGCGACGCUGCUCACCUGCAUGCUCUGGGUCUUCUACGGCCUCCCCAUCGUGCACCCCAACAGCAUCCUCGUCGUCACCGUCAACGGGAUCGGCCUCGUCGUCCAGCUCGUCUACCUCAUCAUCUUCUUUAUCUACUCCACCAACAACAAGCGGUCAAAGAUGCUCGCCGUGCUCGGCAUCGAGGCGGCGUUCAUGGCGGCCGUGGUGGUCGGCGUGCUCCACGGCGCACACACCCACGAGAUGCGCUCCAUGAUCGUCGGCAUCCUCUGCGUCAUCUGCGGCUCCGUCCAGUACGCCUCCAAUCUUACCGUCAUGGUUCGUGUGAUCAGAACCGAGAGUGUUGAGUACAUGCCAUUCUUCCUGUCGCUGGCGAUAUUCCUCAGUGGCUGCUGCUGGACGGCCUAUGCGCUCAUUGAGUUCGAUCUCUACGUGGCGAUCCCCAAUGGGCUCGAGGCAGUUUUAGGCCUCAUUCAGCUGAUCCUCCACUUCUUCUACUACAAAUCGACCCUCAAGAAGAAGAACAUUGAGCUGCCCACCCUGGUCCCCAAACCGAAUAGAGGAGCCAACCCGGAUUUGAUCCUCUCUCGCUGCCGCCAUCAUAGAAAUCAGAAGAUCUAUGGCUGCCGCCGCCGCUAG